AUGAAAGCUGAGCGCGCAGCCGCUGUCCCCGCCCACCUCGAGGGAGGGGCGGGGCCUGAGCUCGCAGGGUGCGCGCGCACCUCGCUUUUUGACCGGGCCGCUCUCCCGCCCUCGCCCUGGACCCUCCUGCACUGCAUACUCCCCCGAGACGGGGACCCCGGACCCCAGGGCUCCGGAGAGCGGACUCUAGGUUCAAUCAGCAUUUUUUUCCUCGGAUUCCUCUCCAGGACUCAACCAGGACUUUCCAAAAGUUGCCGCGGGGCCUUCCAAUCCCCUCGGCCAUCUCCCAAGUCUGGCCAGGCUGAUGGGGCGGCCAGCGAGGAUUCUCUGCACCUCGACAUUCAGAAACUGAAGGAGAAGAGGGACCUGCUGGACAAGGAGAUCACCCAGUUAAUAUCUGAAGGCUACAGUGUGAAUGAACUGGAGGACCACAUCUCCCUUCUCCACGAAUAUAAUGACAUCAAGGAUGUAGGCCAGAUGCUGCUAGGCAAACUAGCCGUGAUCCGAGGUGUCACCACCAAAGAAUUAUAUCCAGAAUUUGGCCUGGAUAUGAAUGACUGAGCCAAGGCUCACAGCCCUUUGUCCACAGCCCAAUGGGACAGGCAGAUUUGAACAUGAGAGGCAGUGAGAGCCCAUCCAGCACAUGCACAGGCUUCCCAGCGAGGAAGCGUCAGAAGCCUUUUUCUAGAGAGCUUGAUCUGAGUCACAAGGGAGCCCAGAGACAGACAGUGAAGAAGAGCUGUUCCCUGCUCCAAGUUUCCUGAAAUGUCCCAGUGACGUCUGUGUGUGUGUGUAUGUCUCCCGUUUGUAAAUAAACAUACAAGCAAUCUU